GUUCUACGAGCGCAGAAAAUUGUGAUGUAAAAAGAGAAAAAUAAAUAAUUGUGAGCCAUCAUGGCGAAUCCUAGAAAAUUUAGUGAAAAAAUUGCCCUCCACAAUCAAAAGCAGGCCGAAGAGACGGCCGCUUUUGAACAAAUUAUGCGUGAAGUUUCCGACGCAACCAAUAAGCCAGAGGAAGCGACGCUGGCGACACAGUACGGGCUGGGCGGCGGGCGCAGCGGCGGCGCGUCCCCCGCGCGCUCGCCCGGCCAGCGCGGCCGCGCCUCCUCGUCUGUGGGGCCCAUGCGCCGCCCCGCCGACCGCAAGCACGACACCAGCCCCUACGGCAGCACCGUCUAUCUCAGUCCACCUCCGGACAGCAACUGGCGGCGGACGAACUCGGACUCGGCGCUCCACCAGUCAUGCGGCGGUGGAGAACCCACAGGGAGCGCGCAGCUGUCGCCACACCACCACCCGCUGCACCCCCACCAGCACCCGCAUCUACACCCCCACCAGAACCACCGUAGAGCAGCAGCUGACAUAAACCUGGACGUCUUCGCGACACUCGGCAUGAACCCCAACAACCGACCGCGGUCGUCUUGUGAAAUACCCCGAAUACCUAACAACAAUAAUGUGUACGAAAGCGGCGGGGAUGGAGGCGGGGGCGGCGGCGGCGGAGGCGGCGGGCUGGCGUGCGGCGAGCUGCAGGUGCCGGGCGGCUCGCUGCCCGACCUCACCUCCGUGCACUACCCGCCGCCGCACUACCACCGCGCCUCGCCCGACUACCACCACAACAGAUACAGCCCCACGUCCCCGGGCGCGGUGUCCCCGGGCGGCGGCAGCGUGUCCCCGGCCACAGGAGGCCUGUCUCCGGCCUCAGGGUCACCAGUUGGCGCCACAGUCCCACUCGCCUCCACCAUGCACCAACACGACCACUCCGCGCUAUAUGACGCCCAGAAUCACUUAUCUGUACCAAACACAAAUAAUUAUCUUCAUCAUAAUAAGAACAUGUCGCCUCUGGACCACGGGUGGAUCACGUCGGGGUACCAGUCGCACUGUAGUCCGCCUUCGCAAUAUUCCUCCACGUCGAAUAUUAAUAUACCUUCGCCCACGAUGGUGCACAGUCCAGGGAGUCCGGUGGAAUCACCACAGACCACGGACUACACUAACCUGCACCAACUACUGCAGCCCUUCGAGCAGAUCACAAUGCUGGACCAACCGACGCAAAACUAUAGACAGUUGGACCAAACGACGCAAAACUACAAUACGUCGUACAUGAACCACAGUUCACCACAUUCGCCUCAGACAACGAAUUCUGCGCACACGUACCCACAGUCGCAUUCAACGAACUCCGGCGCCGGGUGCCGGCGGGCGCGCGACCCCGUGCCGGGCGGGCACGCCUUCACCGCGCUGCAACCGCUCGCCAGCCCGCCCGCUCCGCCAGCGCCCUCCACGCCCGCCUCCAUACCCGACAUCAUACUCACUGAUUACUCGGGCGAGCUGGACGCGGGCAUAUUCGGCGGCGAGGAGGCGCAGCUGCGGGCGGGGUUGGACCUGGACGACCUGUCGCUGCUGGAGGAGCCCAGCGCGCUGCUGCCCGACUCCAGCGUGGAGCACGAGUUCCGGCUCGACCGCUUGUAGUACACCGCGCCCCACCCCCCGGCCACGCGCCGCACACCGCUGACACCAUUCCCGGGUGAUUACACUUUACAAUAGUGUUGAUCCUGUUCGGUUAAUCUAUAUAUUGUUCCUGAAAAAUUCCCCCAGUGGUAAUAGUGGACUUGCCCUCGCAGCACGGCAACUGCGCCGCAUGGCGCUACUUAUAUCGAGGGCUUCGGCCAUUAGCCGUAGGACGUCUAUCUAUCGUAGAUAGCAUUCGCUGAAUCUAUUGGUCGAAGCCUUCGGUACAACUCGCGCCGCGCGCGGCGAGGUUGUCGUGUAGACCCCGCAGGCGGAGCGUCGGUGUUAAUACUUAUACAUACAAGCGGGAUACUAUUUAUGUCAAUAGUAUCCAUUUAUUACUACUAGGAAAAUGCAACAUGGUUUAUAAUUAUGACGUAAAAUAUUACUACGGAUGUUGGGAUAAUGUAGUAGAAAAAAAGGGAUUUGUAUUACCCCUGGGAGAAUUAUUUACUAGAAGUAAUAGUAAAUAUUUGAGGGCAAUAGAUGGAAUAACCGGUCUUGAUUGAGCUAUCGAACAGAAAGAGCUCUAGGCCAUAUCACACGAGCGAUCACUGAGCUUAUCACAGACGUAAGAACACGGAAGAAUGAGACAAUUUAACGUAUGCAGUGAAUAUCGCUGUCACUCACAUCGAAACUGGCGAUAUUCAAUGUAUCCGUUAGUACUCUUGUACUCAAGCUCCGUACGAUCUUAAUAUUAUAACUCAAGUCGUAGUCUAUAUUAUGCGUUUGUAAAGUCAGCCAUCGCCAGUAUGUUUAUGACCUUAUUUCCAAUAUCAUUUUCCUCGUUCGGAAAUAUAGGUGUCAAUUUUGACACAGGUUGACAUAAACAGCACAUUAUUAACAUCAGAUUUCCAAAUGCAGGGAAUGAUAUAUGGAAAUAAAUAAAGUGGAAUCACCCUCCUACUCUAUUCCCUCUUUCGCGGUUCCAGGCUCCGAUUUAAACUGACGUGCAGGCUAAAAUAUCAAUGAUGUGUUUAAAUUCAAAAAGAAACUGUUUUCGUUCGGAUUUUAAAGCUAGAAAGUAAAUUCUAAUAUGGUUAGUCUAGAACGGAGCCUUACAAGAGAGCCGCCGGCGCGACGAGAGACUCCCUAUUACUUCAUGACAAUUUGUAUCGUUUCAAGUCUGAGUUAGUGAGUAUAGGACUCGGUAGGUGUAGAGAGCGGCGUGAGCUCGGCGCCGGACGGCCGGAUGACGGACGCCGGACGACCGGAUCACCGGCCCGGACGACUGUGACUCUGUGACUCGAGUGCAAGUGUUCAUUGUGGUUUUAAACGUUUUACUCAUGUUUCUAAUUCGAAGGGUUAGGUACGUCAUAGAUUUAGAUUUUUUAAACGGUAAUCGAUCAAUUUAUCGACGAUUGUACAGCAUGAAGUGAUUAUUUUUUAAUAAGUAUUGUGAAUAUUUACUCGAAUAUCAUUAGGGAAUUUAAUUCGGAUUUAAUGGAGACAUUUUCUUUAAUAUCCUAUGUGGGACCGUACGGUCGUUUCUUUGUACAUAAAACUUGAAAGUGUUCAAUUUAUUGAAAUUGCAUUUAAAUCGCUAAUGUUGCAUGCUAGUGUAGCGGCAGUCGUGCUCGCCGUCGUUUUGACUUUGUUCGUCUGGAACAGACACCCUUAUAAUUAUUAUAUUCUCUUUGACAUUUUGAAAUAUCGUCAUUCAGCGAUUGCUCAAGCGUUGACUGAAUUUUACAUCUUUAUCCGAACGAAACAUUUACGAUUAGCCAAUUGUCUUAGCUUUAAUCCAUUUGAAACCAAUUGCAUAUAAUUCGCACGAGCUUUUGACACGUUGUUUAGCGUACAUUGUGCCCCAAUUCCUGUUCGUGUAAUUGUUUAGAGUAACCAUUUUAGAUCCUUGUAAAUAAGAUACGUUGUUAUUGAAGUUUUAAUAAGCUUUUGUCGCAAACAUAUCUAUGUGUACGUACGUGUGGUUGCGAGGCUCGUUUCUGUCUGUGUAGGGGUCAAUUUGAACUACGAAUUAUUUUUAUAAAUAUUUAAGGGGAACUCAAGCCUAAUUUCAAAUAGUAGCCGUAUCUAUUAUAGAAACAAAAUUGGUAUACUUCAUACCUUAUGAUUCAAACAAGUGUAGAUAUUUACUGAACUACGCCAGAUUGAAAAAAAAUUCGUGCCAUACAAGACGAAGAGAAACGUUUUGGCCAGUAAGAGCUGGGACGAUGAUUGUAAAUUAGUAAAGUGUAUGAAGUGUUUAUGUUUGAAAAAAGUUAGUGCAACCUAACUCGACACCGCCACGUGGUACAACCCGCAUCCCCACACGAUGUUUGCGAUGAUACUCGAUACCAUGUCGAAUCAGCGAAUAUUUGCAUUUUCACUUAUUUUAACAACUAUCUGAAGUUAAACUUUAACUAGUUUUUAAGUUACAAACCAUAUUUUAGUAGUUAAACGAUCAGUGCACUCGCAUUGCUAAUCGCUGUGUUUGUCUUCUGAAUUGAUCUACUUAAAUGUAUCGUUAUAAAAUGUACAAAUUAUUUUUAUGGUUCUGCUUCCGGUUAGCAGUGCGAGUGCGGUGAUGUUCAUGGUAGAUCGUGUUUCUUUUUCGUUUUGUAAAUGCUCAUUAUAUUAUGUUUUAAGAGUCUAGUCAUCAAGUUUGUUUCAUAUGAAAUAGAAUCUGUUACACUUCCGUCAAGCAAAGCGAUGUACCGAUGCAUGGACGUUGGUUAUCAUUCCAUUCCACGCUGUUACGAUUGACAUACGAAUGUAUGGACAAGAUGAGGGAAUGGUUCAUAGGGUAGUUGUCCUUGUGUAGAGUCUGUACUGUUCUCUCUUUGUUGUCAUUUGUUAAUUUGUAAGGAAAUAUUUGUGAGGACUGCAUACAUUGUGUGAUGUGCUUCGAAUCAGUAUACAGGCAAUGUUGAAGAAAGUAUUGCCGGCUGGUAGUUCCAUAACGAUUCCAAAGUUACCGAGAUAAUCCGACUUAUUACCUCCACUAUUCAAUUUAAUAGUUGGUAUUAGAUAUUGGCUUUUGCCGUGAUAUACUCAAUGAACAUAAUAAUAAGUUAUGUCUGUUGAAGUGGAAUAUCUCUGGAGCCGCCACCAGCAUCUUUGAGUACACCUAUAUUGUAUUGUUGAGACAAUUCAAAGUUUAAUUUCAAAUUCCGCUGUAAAGUAUACUGUAUGACAGAUGAUAUAAAUGUAUAAAUAGUUAUACGAUAAUUGUGAUAAAGGAAAAAAGCACAACAUAAUUCAUAGCGAAGCCUAAUCUGAUGUUAAAGUAAGUUUCUUUUCUUAAAUUUUUCAUAGUUUUUUCUAAUGUUAGAAACAUUAUAUGUACAUGUUAUAAUAAGCUAGAGUCUGCAAAGUGCAGUGUGUUACGAGGUAGUCUUGGGUUCGAUUCGAGUCUGAAUCAGGUGCAAUAUGGUGUUUAUAUGUUGGAAUUUAUUCAUUCGGUGUGAUCGAUUAUAUUUUACAAAAUGUUACAAUCUUUUAUUUUGGAAUUUAUUGACUUUAUACCAAAUUUAAAAUUUUCUAUUGAGUCUUUUUUAAUAACACAGUAGGAUAAAUGCUCGGAGAGUUUAUUAUUAUGAGACUUGCUACUGCGCUGCAUUUUAUGGAUGGAAUGGACAUCUACUAUGCCUUCACUCGCUGUAGCAUGACGGAACAAUAAUCUUAAUAACACUGUCGGGCGAUAUCCUACUGCUAACAUUAGAAAUGAACUCAUUUUUAUAAAAUCUGUUGGAUUUUUUUACCUUUUGCAUUUUGAAGAUAAGAUUACGAUAGAGAUAAGGAUAUAAUGUGUGCAGUUAUGGGAAAGCUUUCAUGGCCCGUGGAAGCAACGAGACACCAAAUAGAGUGAUCGAGUAUUUCUACAAAUUCUUAAAUCUAUUUCAUCAAUUUGUAUGACAUUGAAUUUAGGACAUAAAUGUUUUUUCUCAAAUAUGCACAAACUUAUUGAAGAUUUUGCAGUUAAAUGUUUCAAAGGUUUGUUUUAUUUAAACCAAAUGUACAUAAUAAGUGUGAUAGAGAUGAAACGGUCUCAUUUAAAUUAAAAUAAAAUUGUUGUAAGUA